AUGGGUUCUUCAAUACCGUCCUCCCCUAUCAACCUCACGCAGACAUUCCACUACUCCACUGAGAUCUAUGACUUUGAAAUCCAUUGGACGUCUCUUGGUGAUGCUAGUUCGCCACCGUUGAUCUUUGUGCACGGCACGCCAUGGUCAUCACGCGUUUGGCAUGUUUACGCAAAGUCGCUGGCCCAGCACUUUCAUGUAUACCUCUUUGACAAUCCGGGAUUUGGCGACAGCCCGCUGGGUAAGCCUCGUCCAGAUAGAAAGGAAACUGUUAGUGCAGAGGUUGCACUGGAUGCAGAUCUGGCACAGCAGUCCGAGAUUUUCGCUACUCUCUUCAAACAUUGGGAGAAUGACUGGGGUCAAACCAAGGCUCACGUAGUCGCACAUGAUCAUGGAGGCUUGAUGAGCUUACGGGCACACUUGUUGCACGGUUGCGACUAUCGAAGUCUGUGUCUGAUUGAUGUGGUUGCAGUGGGCCCAUUUGGGCAGCCUCUAUUCAAACUAGUAGCCGAAAAUGAGAGUGUAUUCACAUCAUUGACGGGCGCGGUAUUUGAGGGAGUCGUCGAGGCAUACAUUCGGGAUGCGGCUUUCCUUGAGCUGAGUAAGGAGACCAUGGAAAUGCUCAAGAAACCUUGGAUAAUAAGCGAAGAAGGGAGAAAGGGCUUUGUGAGACAAAUGAUGCAGGCGAAUAGUCGCAGCACAGCCGAAAUCGAAGGCAGGUAUCACGAGGUCGGAAAAAAGAUGCCAGUAAAUGUGAUUUGGGGAAAGGAGGACAAAUGGAUUCCUGUCGAGACUGCAGCGAGGUUGAAAGACAAGCUGCAAGCCAAGAGCGUAGUGGUCGUUGAAGGAGCCGGCCACUUGAUAAUGUAUGAUCAGGCAGGACAAUUAGGAGUCGAACUUGGAUGGUGGUUUGGCAAUUGUAACAGUUAG